UUUUAUUUACCGUUGCCGAGGAGUUGGGCCAUUGGCGAUGGCUUCGUUUGGGUCUCUAAAGCAAUCAAUCUUCGACAAAGAAGCAAGAAAGCAGCAGUAUCAAGAUUAUGUACGAGGCCUCAAUGCCUUCGAUCGCCACAAGAAAUUUUUGAAUGAUUACAUUGAUUAUUAUGGGAAGCAAAAAUCUCCUCGAGAAGCAUUGCCUAUUAGAACUGAUCAAGACACCCUUAGAGAAGGAUAUAGGUUCAUAAGAACUGAGGAGGAUGACAAGUAUCCUUCUUGGGAACAAAGGCUGGUGAAGCGAUACUAUGACAAGCUCUUCAAGGAAUACUGCAUAGCUGAUAUGUCUCAAUACAAGACGGGCAAGAUUGGUCUUAGAUGGAGAACUGAAAAGGAGGUGAUGUCUGGGAAAGGGCAGUUUGAAUGUGGUAAUAAGCAUUGCAAUAAAAGAGAUGGCUUGUCAAGCUACGAGGUAAAUUUUUCUUAUUUUGAAGCUGGAGAAAACAAACAGGCUCUGGUCAAAUUAGUAGUAUGUGAGAGAUGUGCAGAGAAGCUAUAUUACAAGAAGCAGAAGGAGAAAGAGAAGGAAGAAUCAAAACUGAAGGAGACUGAAAAACACCGAAAGAAAAGGGAUAGGAAUGAAAGUGAUGACGAAGGAGACAUUGCUUAUAGUAGAAGCAAAGACAGAAGGAAAGGAAAGAAGGCUUCGAUUUCAAAUGCUGAUGAUAAGACAGAGGAUGAUGAAAACUUUGACGAAUGUCUCGAAGGAAUGUUCCCAUAACAUAGAUGGAUGGAUGGAUUUAUGUAUAUGCUCUGUUUGUCAAAGUUUGCUCAAAGCGAAAGGUAAGCCAUCUUGUCCCAACUUUAUUUUGGUAAUUUUGUAUCAAAAGAGAAUAUCCAUUUGACUGUUGUUUGUAAAUGUGCAAAUAAUGGGUAUUUUUUGUUAGAUGGCCAUGUAUUGUUUUUAUGAUAAAAUUAAAAAUAACUA